AUGAGUUCCAAAACAUUACAAGCUUCAAAGGUAUAUAGGGAUCUUCUCAAAUCUGUCAACAAACACAUAGGCAAAGAAGGCUACAAGAAGCAUUUUGGAGAUUAUAUAACACAAGAGUUUAGAAAGAACUGCAAUGUUUUAGACCAAUCUUCUGUUCAGCAAAAACUCAAGAUUGCUCGUGAUUACACUUUCUUACUUAACAGCGUGCAGCAUCACAAGGAGUUGCUGUUCUCUUACAACAUUGCUGUGGAUAGAUCGGAUGAAAUGCGAAAAAUACUAGGAAAAUCUGCUGCAAGUGUUGGUCUUCAGCUUCCCGAGGCUUGUCAGUCCUGA